AACAAUCUAGUCCCUGAGUCAACUUUGUGAUUUCUUAGUUCGCCGCUAUUUAUAAAGAAUUCUAUGGAAGUUUCUCUCACAAGGAGUACCUCAGUAUAGGGAGUGACUCGCCGGUUAGGGACUAAUGAUCUUCAUAUAAACAGUCCUUUAAAUCGCGCAGUUUUCCUGGCUGCAUUAUAACGUAUAUUGCUUGUUUCAUAUAGCCAAUCAACUCAUCUCCGAGGGUGUGAUAGCAAUCAUCGGUCCCAGGACUUCAACGGCUGUAAAAGCCAUGCACUCGCUAUGUUCCAAGUUCCACAUUCCUCAGAUCAGCGCCUCUGCCACAGACCCAGAAUUCUAUUUCAAUUUGGAGCGCUAUAAGUACUUACUGCGCAUGUCUCCGUCUGAUUUAAGAAUGAACGACGCCAUGAGGGAUCUGAUUGAACAUUUCAAAUGGGAGAGGAUGGGUAUCUUGACAUCAGCCACGGUUUAUGACAUGAAUGCUCUCAUGGAAUUCAAAGAACGUGCUACAGAAAAACAGUGGGAGAUCCUCGGCAUCGAACAUUUUCCGGUUACUCUCGGUAGCCCUAAGAUUAACGCUACAAAAGAACUGUGGAGCCUGAGAGAGAAGGGCGCACGCGUCAUACUGUUAAGCUGUUCUGCUACUUUUGUACCACAAGUGCUCCAACAAGCGGAGCAACUAGAUAUGAUAACAGAGUGGGUUUGGAUCUUAACCGACCAUGCCAGUUCUAAGGGUGAGGAAGACAUUUCUUAUAGAGAGGGGUUAAUUGGUGUGCGCAUGCCCGUGAUGGGUCGUGGUCAGUUGUUUGACAGCGUGACCGAAGAAUGGAAGAAAUCUGGCGAAACUGCUCCUAUCAUAGUAAGUUGAAACGAGCAACCAACAGUAGCCUGCAGUGCCUAUUUUCGUAUUAGGUCGCCACCUUGGACUUGGUAACUGUGCAGGGCUGGGGCGAGGGAAACCUUUACCGGUCAAGCAUCCAAUUACAAUUCAAGAUGGCGGCAUCGAAAACACGGUCUAUCGAGCGUUUCGUUCAAAAAUAACGCCUGCACUGCACGCUAAACCAACAAGGAGUUAUCGAAUUAUCAACUGUCUAAUUCCAUAAGAC